AUGCAGCCCAUGGAUGAAGAUUCCGAAACCCCUGCCAAGCUGCCUGCCUUCAUUUCUCGCCGCGAACUGGACUGCAUCUCAACCUUCGAUUUCAGCCAGACCGUCGCAGAUGUGAGGCAGGACUUUGACCAAGACUGGAUCAAUACUUUGGAGUGGUACUUGGAGAAGUUCUUCGGGGAUGAGACGCGGCCAUCAUGGUAUCUGCAUUGCUCGGGAACGCCCCGAGCUGGCAAGGUCUGGACAUCUUGAUUUUCGGCGCGCAUGAACUGACGGAGUGUGUCGCUUCAGACAACAUUCGUGGCAGCGGCUGCCCGUCAUCUGCGAUCGUCGAGCUCAACGACCGCCGUAGUCACACUAUUCUUCCAUUCUCGCGACUUUCUGCAGAUGCCCGGCCUCCCACAAACCAGCGUUCUGGAGGUAAUCUUGCGCGUUCUCCUCAGACAACUGGUAGAACGUGCAAUUCCACUCCAGAAGUCGGGGUCGGGGCCGGAAGAGCGAUUGAUCCCUCCAGUGGGAGUGGACCAGGUCAAAGCGGUUCUCAGAGUUGCAGUAGAGCACUACGAGCGCACUUUCGUGCUGAUUGAUGACAUACAAGAGAUUCCAGGCCUCGACGAAGAGACGAUCUUCCAAGAGUUCCGUGUGCUUGGCAUUCAUUUCGUCAUAUUCGUCGGCACCCCUCUCAAUCGCCUAAGCAGGAGCUCUUCCCAACUUUGCGACAUGAAAGACUGUGGCCGGACCACUGUGCUAUGGGCGGAAUGUGAGAAUUGCAUUUGCUGCUAUUGUACGGUCUGUUAUGACCCUGACAACAACUCUGGGAGAUGUUGCUCGAGGUGCGCACCAGUCGCCUGUUGAGCAUCGAAGCGACUGACUCUUGCAGCAUGACCGGACCGCUUCCAGUUGUGGAGGUCCCUCUGCGGAUUGAGGAAGACUGGAUCGAGCAAGACUUGAAAAGAGUCCUUGUUGAUGACACCAAUGUGAGUCUCGUCAUGGACGCCAGCAAUGGCUUGCUACCUUUGGCAAGACUUGCGCUGGAUGACCGCAUCGAGAGGCCCGUUCUCGACGACUUUGAGACUGUCCGAGAUCGGAUGCCGAUAUACGCUCUCCGCUACUUCAACUUCGCGUUGUGUCGUGUGAAGCAUCAACCGUCGACCGAAGACAGGCAUCUUGGACUGGCAGUCCUGGAAGUCGUUGCCAUGGCCGGUAUCUACGAACUAUCGUUCAGUGCCUUGCUAAGCAUAUUGGCCUCCCAGCCAGAUAAUCAAAAGUUUGGGAGAACGCGGGAUCGGGCUCGAAUUUCUAGAGUAACGCAAGGCUGGAUAAUUAUCGACCAUCAGGGAUCAUUGGGCAAGGACACGAAAGUGAAGAUGUUUCAUCCUGAAGCCCAAAGAUACUUGUCCGAAGAGUGUGAAGCAUUGUACGACCUGCAGGGAGGACGAGAUAUGGCACUCCUGUGCCUGACAGAGCUAAAUAAAGCGCGAUCGCAGUCGAUCAUUCGAGGUCUUGCUGGACAGGAUCCGAGGGAGACCCUGAAACGCUUCUCGAAAGUAUCUUUGCUAAGCUACGCACUGGAUCACUGGGGCGUCCACUUCCAAAGGUUCGGCUCCGAGAAAGCCAAAGUGGCUGCCCUUACCUUUCUUAAAUUCUAUCAGGACACACCGCAGCUUCGGUAUCUCGAAAUUCUCCUAUGCCAGCCAGGCGACCGGGUUGGGGGGACUAGACUGCACCUACUGGCUGAUCUAGGACUCGACGAAUUGAUCGACGGCUCUCAGAUGCAGGAUCAGGCUUUGAACAUCACUGAUCCGUUUGCAAGACGUACCGCAGCUAUGGUCGCCUGUAACGCCGGUCACAAGGACUUUGUGACGAGACUACUCGAAACAGAAGCUGAUUUUACGCUUUUCUGCGGCAGAGAUCGCACUGCACUGUGGUACGCUGUACAGAAUGCUCACUACGACACUUUACAAGCUCUUCUGGCGAAGAAGGGUUCGCUUGUGAACCUGCAAGACACGCAAGGGCGGACUGCACUGAUGCAGGCAGUUGAACUCAAUUCGCGAGCCAUUCAACAGGAUUCCCUGGAUCAGCCGACGAGAUAUGAUAAAGUCCUAAGGAUACUGCUAGACGUCAAGACCUUGAGACUCGAUCUUGCGGAUAGUCAUGGCAGCACGGCACUGCAUGUCGCUGCAAAAUUGGCAGACCACUUGGGUUUAGAACGCUUGCUUGAAAGUACCCAUGGCAGAGACAAGGUUGAUAUACGGGAACAAAAUCUACUACAGAGGACCCCUAUGAUGGCAAUGUUGUCUGGACGCUGCGUAGAUCAAACGCGACGUCUCAGAACAGCACGGCUCCUGAUCAAACACGGUGCAAGCACGGCUGUCCGCGACAACGAAAACCGCACCGCGCUUCACUACGCAGCGACGUCGGAUCAAUCCGUCGAGAUCAUGCAGAUGCUACUCGCCAAAACGAUCGGCUCCGGUGUAAAUGUGCAUCGAUACUCGCCGAUGCAGAUUGCUCAAGCCCACGGUUGCAAAAACAUUGCAAAAUUAUUGGUAAAGUGGACAAAAGAUCAAGAGGCCCAGUACAAGAUAAAAUCGCCAACAGCUUCGCCAUUAACGCUUGUUGCGAUGAGAAAGAACACCGAAGCUAUCGCGCCUGCAGCGACGGCUGACGGACAGGCCAAGGGCUCGACAAACACGAAAGCGUCUCUGGUCGAGGAUGAGCAGCGCCCUCAACCAACGGAAGUCCCAUACCUUGCUCUCUGGAAAAUACUGGAUUACAAUGAGCUCCACAUGGCUGUGCAUAACGCCUGUCAUGAAGACUUUGUUGAGCAUUUCCGGCUGUCCCAAAACCUCAACGCAACGACAGCUCUCGGAGACACAGCCCUGCAUGUAGCUAUUGAGGCUCUUGGAGACGCUCUUAGGACCAAGGACAAAUUCAAGCAGGUCAUAUAUGAGGGUAUGAUUGGGAUGCUGAUCAAUGCAGCCACCAUCGAGCUUGGAAUCGCGAACCACAACCACGAGAGAGCAAUCGACAUGGCUAUUCGGUUGCCUGAUUUCAGCAAAGACUUGGUCUUGGAUAUCGUUGAGAGAGCGCUCGCAUGCGGACAUAUCGACCAGAUCGGGCAACUACCAGACAUUCAUCGACAGUUCUUGGAGCCAGCAUUGAGAGGGAAACCUAGAAGCCUUGAUCUAUUGACCGCACUUCUGGAUGCCGGAGCCAGUGUGUUUCACGCUAUUGGAUCCGAAAACAAGACAGCCCGCGAGGUUGCCUUGGAGGCCAAUUUGGAUCAGGCUGUUAUCGACCUCCUUGAAGAGCGGGAAAGAAAGUUGUUGGAGUCGCUAUAA